AUGGCCUCCAGUUGUCUUACUUGCAUUUCCGCCAUCUUGGAUGAUCUGCAGUUGCUGGAGGAUCUGUGUCCUAAAGCUCCAGAUUGGGAGGACGAGCUCAUUGACUUGAGGACAUUAAAAAUAUUUCUAGGAACUUUCAGACCAUUUCUUCUAUCUGUGAGAAAGUGGGGCGAUGAUGAUGAUGCAAAUCUGGGAGCACUGGUUGUCAGGAUGAAAGAUUACAUUUCCAAACUGGGACAGGCGAUUCACAAGUUCUAUCUUACUAGUGUGGAAGAUGGAUAUCGUACGGAUCAUGAUAUAGAUAUCCCCGACGAUCUAGAAGAAGAAGAGUCAUCCCUCAAACAAGAAAUCAAGGAUUUAGACAGCUCAUCAAGGUUGUCUAGCAAGUCCCUGGCAAAGAAAGAUGACCUAAUGGAUGUCAUGGACUCUCUUCUGGAGAGCCUUCGGUACGUUUGCUUAAUAGAUGUCUUAGAAGAUGAUGAAGAGCAGGAACUAUGGGAAGACUUAGAAGAGAAGCUAACAUUUUUGAAAAACUUCAUCUGUUUUGUUUCACUUCAUGGCAUCGAUGAUGGGCAAUUGGGACCUUUACUGACUCACACUAAAUCUGUCGCUGUGAACACAGCACACAAUUAUCUCCUGUGGGGCUUUAGAUCAUUCCGGCCAGAAGAAAAUCCUGUUCGGGACCUGCUGCCGAAGAUCAUUCCUGUAGAACCCGAAGUCCAUAGGACUUGUUUCCAGGCCCUGAUUGCUUCAAAGAUAUCAAGACAACCAUACGAGAAAAAAGAUGAGCACAUAUUCAGAGUCUUCAUCGAUACUCUCCUAAUCUAUCUUUGGGAGAUACUAACGACUGGAGCUUGUGUUAUGAUUUCUUUGAAGGAUCGAUUGAAAAUGGUUUAUGACGGGUUGAGGUCCUUGAGAAUCAUUCUCAAGGGGAACCCCGACGUGUUUGAUGAGAAAAUGAGAUAUCUUACUGGACUCCUGCUCUGUGAUGCAGGAGUUGUUAUUUUUUCCCUUUCUCUCAACGAAAUUAAAGAUGGAUCAGUCAAGGAAAUGGAUCUGGAAUCUUUUCAUGAUUUCCUGAAAAGGAUAAAGCUUAUCAAGGCAAUAGUUGCAGAGAAAUAUCCAGAAACAUCACCAUCAUCCAAGUUUCCUCGGACUAAUGAGUUGGGAUUUAUCGAUUUUCUUCUAAAAUAUAUCCGAGAUUUGACAAAUCCUGAUGCUCAUUCAGUUGCUCUUUCAAGCUAUCCAAUUCAUGCAAUCCAUGAAGAACUUGUUUACCUACGCUCCUUCUCGGGAAGAAUUGUGGAAUUGCGCAAUGAAGAUCAGGAGCUUCAAGCACUUUGGGAUCGUGUUGUUGAGGUGGCAUACAAGAUAGAAUUUCUUAUCGACUCCUUGUUGGUUGGAGACAUUCUAGAUUCUUCUUCAAUCUCAUUUGAUUCCGUUGUAGAAGAAAUUAAGAUCAUCAAAGCCGCGGCCUUGAACAUUUUUGAUAGAAAAACACUUGAUCUCAAAGUUAAGGAAGCUACCAAGAGACCAAAUAACAUGCCAUCACAGGGAAGCAUGCCAAUAAUCAAUGACAUGAUCGUGGGAUUGGAGGAUGAGGCAACCUCAAUAAUCAAUCGACUCACAAGAGGAUCCUCCCUUCUGCAAAUUGUCCCCAUUGUAGGUAUGCCAGGACUUGGCAAGACAACUUUAGCUAAAAAAGUUUACAAUAAUCCUUUAGUUACAUCGCAUUUUUAUACAUGUGCUUGGUGUACUGUCUCUCAAGUGUAUCACAGAAAAAAUCUGUUACUUGAAAUUUUGACUGGUAUUCACUCCAAACUUCCUGACAAAUUUUCUGAGAUGUGUGAAGAAGAUUUGGCUGCAGAAGUCAGAAGAGGUCUGCUAAGGACUAGAUAUCUCAUUGUUUUGGAUGAUAUAUGGGACGCCGAAGCAUGGAAGGGAUUGGAAGCAUCAUUCCCUGACAAUCAAAACGGCAGUAGAGUGAUCGUGACAAGUCGAAAGUCUGAUGUUGCUGCUUCGAGAGAUGAACUUGAUGAAGGGCCUCAUUUCCUCCGUCCGCUGACUCCUGAUGAGAGCCGGGACUUGCUAAACAUGAAGUUAUUUCCUGGAAAUGAUUUGCCUCCGCCAGAAUUAUGCGAACUGCAAAUGAAAAUCGUGGAAAUGUGUCGAGGACUGCCACUUACAAUCAUCAUUCUAGCUGGAAUUCUGGCAAAUGAGAACCAACAUGGUUGGAAAGAACUUGUGGAUGGUUUAAGUUCAAGAAUCGUCUCUAGUACAGAACAAUGCUCUGCUGCAAUAGAGUUGAGUUACAAGAACUUACCAGAUAAUUUGAAGCAAUGCUUUCUAUACUUCGGAGCAUUUCCAGAAGACCAUGAACACACUGCUGAGAAGUUGAUUUGGUUAUGGGGGGCUGAAGGAUUUACCCAGAAAACUCAGUUCAAGAGUGCAGAGGAUGUGGCAAAUGAUUUCUUAAUGGAUCUUAUCCACAGAAGCUUGAUCAUUGUUUCCAAGCAAAGGUCCAUUGGUGGUGUCAAAGCUUGUCGCAUUCAUGAUUUGCUGCAUGAGUUUUGUGUGACAAAAGGCAAAGAAGAAAAUUUUCUGCAGCUGGUGCGUGGGUAUGAUGAAAUAUAUACUUUCAGAGUGCCACGCAACCUACGCCGCCUAUGCAUCAACUCUAACCCAGAGCACUUUUGCAAGUCCAGGUUAUUUGCUCCCACAAUCCAUUCUCUAAUACACUCCGAUGGAGGUAAAAGGCACCGACAUUGUGCAUUUGAGAUUUCAUCCAUUUUUGGUAUCUUCAAACUUGUUAGAGUGUUAGAAUUGAGCAACAUAAAUCUAGGUACUACUUUUCCUAGAGAACUAGAAGUACUGGUUCAAUUGAGGUACUUGGCAAAUCUAGGAAAUAUGGAGUCAAUUCCAUCUUCUAUAGCCAAUCUCUCAAAUUUGGAGACUUUCAUCGUGGAAACAUUUCGUGGGGUUGUUUUACUGCCUGAUACUAUAUGGAAUCUGAAGAAGCUAAGGCACUUACAGAUAAGGAACUUUAUGUUACCCGCAGACAAUCUUGACACAGCUGCAGACUUGUGUGAUUUGAAUACCAUCUCCGGUGUGUCUUUUCAUUCUUUGGAUAUCAUCCGCAAGGUAUUCAGAAAAAUUCCUAAUAUCCACAAGCUGAAAUGCAUUCUCGUUUGGGGUAAUGAACAUAAUUGGGUUUCAGCAGACAAGAUUCUAGUACUUGACUUUCCAAGUGGACUAGAAUCACUGAAUCUGAUGUUCGAUCAGUAUACACGUCUUCCUUGCCAGUUUGAGUUUCAAUUCCCUUUGGCAAUCAGAAAGUUGACUCUAUCCGGUUUUCUUUUCCCUUGGAGCAAAAUUUCAGCUAUCGAAAAUCUUCCCAAUCUGGAGGUUCUCAAAUUACUUGAUCGAGCCUUCAAGGGGGAAAUAUGGAACAUGGAAAAAGAGGGCUUCCCUAAAGUAAGAUUCCUGAAAAUAGAUGACUUGGAUGUUGGCAAGUGGACUGCCUACGAGGGCGUGGACUGUUUUCCAAGUCUACAGAAACUAGCAUUGAUAAGCUGUCGCUCUUUAAAGGAGAUCCCUUCUUGUUUGGGGAGUUCGACUCUUGAAAUUAUCGAGGUGUCUCAUUGUCCCUUCUCUGCAAGUUUUAUGGUGCCACUGCAGGAAGAACAAAUGGACUUGGGAAAUACAGACCUGAAGAUCCUUAAUAAGUCAGACUACUAA